AAGGUCAUGGAGCAGUAAAACGGAAGCUAGUCUAAUAGCCCAUCCGCCAUUGUGGAAUAUAGUAAGGGAUAUUCCUAUCAGGCAUUAGUCAGUUUCAGAGUGAGUGAUUCAUUGCAACGAUAACCACAUCGGCACCUUAAACAUAUCGUACUGCCACAAAGUAAUCGAGCACCCGAGACACAGUGUUGCACAGAUCCGACGACCGAGGUAAACGUCGCCUGCAUAGACUGAUUGAAUAACCCGAGACGCGAGAGAAAAACACCGGAGAGCAGAAGCAGGAGAAACCGUGGACAGUCACAAACAGUAAUCAGUUCGGUUCCUGGAGGAUGUCUGCGACCACUGUCGAUCAGAGACCCAAAGGACAAGGAAAUAAAGGUGCGUAUGUUAUUUGAAUAUUGCUUCAUGGGAAUGUAGUUGUCAAAUUGUCUCGGAAAUGGAUGACAGUUAUGACAGUCAUAGAUGGAACACCACAAACCCCGCUGAAAACCCUUUAGGCUACACUAAAUUAUACUGUUUGUGAUGCUGUUAAUUUAUGAGCUAAUUUUUAGCUUCUUCAACAUGUUGUUUUUGAUGUUUAGUGAUUGUGUAAAAGGCCAGUUCCACUAACACCGUUUUAUGAACUUAAUAUCCACUGUUUGUCGGUUUCCAUGUUGUAAACUUUCAAAAGUAGGCAAAGUACCCUCACCCCCUGGUACUGUUUAUGCAUAUCCUUGUGCUGUUACAAUUUUAAUACUUUCUGUUUUGCUUGGCCUAAGGUCACUGAAAGCAGCACUCAUCAGUUCAUCACUUGUGAUACCUGCAAAUUAGUCCCUUCGCCGAACUUUGUAUUAGAGAUCCUGUUGUAACUGUCUGGCAAAUCUGCCCCUGGAGCGUUUGAUGUUGCAGUUAAGAUAUGUGGUUGUUUCUAGGCACUUCUGUAAUUGAGACAUUAUUUUGCAACUCUAGUUGAGCAAUUUAUAUGUCGUUACUCUGUGGUAUUAUAAUUAUUUGUUCACCAGACAUUUAAUUAACUAGCUACUGUAAUUGAGAUGUUGUUGUCGUUUUGCACUGUAUUUAAGCUAUUUUACUGUAGCAUUCUCAUGUUCACCAGACAUGGUAUUUAAGAAGAGGGUGUUCUUUGAUAAUAACUAAUAAAUACAAACUAUUACUUGAUUCUGACCAAAAAUAGUGUAGAACUAUGCACUUCUGACCCAUGAUCUAUUGGAGUACUUUCUAUAUGCACUAUUUCUAUGUUGCUUUGGAUAAGUGUGUGCUAAAAUGUCAAAUGUCAUGUUCUGCCCGGGUAUGCAACACAAGAUGCAAAGUGCAGCUUGGUGAAAUGCAAAACGGAUCAAUGCAUCAGAAGGAUGGCGUAAACGAUGAUGACUUUGAGCCUUACCUAAGCAGCCAGACAAACCAGAAUAACAGCUACCCACCAAUGUCCGACCCUUACAUGCCCAGCUACUAUGCUCCAUCCAUCGGUUUCCCUUACUCCCUGGGGGAGGCGGCCUGGUCUACGGCGGGGGAUCCCCCCAUUCCCUACCUGGCCACUUACGGACAGAUGAGCAAUGGCGAGCACCAUUUUAUCCCUGAUGGUGUUUUCAGCCAGCCGGGUGCCUUGGGAAACACCCCGCCCUUUCUCAGUCAGCACGGCUUCAACUUCUUCCCCGGCAACGCAGACUUUUCCACCUGGGGCACCAGUGUCUCCCAGGGACAGUCCACGCAGAGCUCCGUCUACAGUAACAGCUACGGCUACGCUCCCAGCUCCCUGGGCAGGGCCAUCGCUGAUGGACAGGCUGGCUUUGGUAGCGACACCCAGCUCAGCAAGGUCCCGGUGCUGAGCAGCAUCGAGCAGGGCAUGACGGGGUUAAAGCUCGGCACAGACAUGGGGGCAGCCGUCACUAAAACCGUGGGCUCCCCGUUAGGCGGAACGCCGGGCAUGAGUAGCAUGGCAGCCAAUAACAUGCCUCCGUCUGUGAGCUCUUCCGCCCCCAAACCUACUUCCUGGGCCGCCAUCGCUAGGAAGCCUGCCAAGCUUCAGCCCAAGGUCAAACCCAAAGUCAACAUGGGAAUGGGGGGUUGUUCCAUUCCUCCUCCUCCCAUCAAGCACAACAUGAACAUUGGCACCUGGGACGAUAAGGGCUCCCUCAACAAACCCCAGCUAGCUCAGGCCAUGAUGCCCCCCCAAACCCUGGUGCAACAGCCUCUCAUGGGGCAACCCCAGCCCCUGCUCCAGAGCCCUCUUCCUCACCAACACCAGCACCAGCACCAACACCAGCCCUUUCAGCUCCAAUCCCUACAGUCCCCUCAGCACCCCCAGCCGAUGGACCUCCGCCCAGCACCUCCGCAUCCCCACCAACACCCCCACCCCCAUCAGCACCUUUCCUCCCAGCCCGGCCCCCCCCAGCCCCUCCAUCAGCACCAACACCCCCAGCACCAACACCCCCAGCACCAACAUCCCCAGCACCAACACCCCCAGCACCAACACCCCCAGCACCAACAUCCCCAGCACCAACAUCCCCAGCACCAGCACCCCGCCCCUCUGCCCAACCGCUGGGUUGCCCCCAGGAACCGGGGCAGUGCCUACAACCAGGGUGGGGGGGUGGAGGGCUUUGGCCUGGGCGCUGGGGUCCCCAUGACUGCCUCUCCCUGCCCUGGGGAGGUCCACCCCGUUCUGGAGAAGCUCCGCGCCCUCAACAACUACAACCCCAAAGACUUUGACUGGAACUUGAAAAACGGCCGCGUGUUCAUCAUCAAGAGCUACUCCGAGGACGACAUCCACCGCUCCAUCAAGUACUCCAUCUGGUGCAGCACGGAGCACGGCAACAAGCGCCUGGACGCCGCCUACCGCUCGCUGGGCGCAAAGGGCCCGCUCUACCUGCUCUUCAGCGUCAACGGAAGCGGACACUUCUGCGGCAUGGCGGAGAUGCGCUCGCCGGUGGACUACAACGCCUAUGCGGGCGUCUGGUCUCAGGACAAGUGGAAGGGCAAGUUUGAGGUGAAGUGGGCGUUCGUUAAGGACGUGCCCAACAACCAGCUGCGGCACAUCCGGCUGGAGAACAAUGACAACAAGCCGGUGACUAACUCCAGGGACACUCAGGAGGUACCUCUGGAGAAGGCCAAGCAAGUGCUUAAAAUAAUCGCCACUUUCAAGCAUACCACCUCAAUCUUUGAUGACUUUGCACAUUACGAGAAACGCCAGGAAGAGGAGGAGGCUCUGAGGAGGGAGCGAAAUAGAAAUAAACAGUAACCUUGGAGAAGACUCUCUGCUAAAACUGCAACACUAAUGACGUAGGAACUUCAAUGAUUGCCUAACCACAAGAAAAAAUAAAAAAGGGUCUCACAAUCUUUUUCUGCUAAAGACGACAAUGUAUUGGAACACUUGACCAUGACGGUGGACUCACCCGUGUCAGUUUACUGGUACUUCCUGUGUUCCCGGCUCCCAAGAAAACGAUAGACAAUAGCCCACUUUAAACUCUGUCUUUAAGCACUUUCAGUCCUUAUAAACAAGCCUCUACCAAUACCCUUAACUCUCUAACUCUCUCUUUCUCUUGACUUAUGUUUGUGAUUAACUAACUAUCUGACUAACCAGUGUAGUUGGUUUUUCCAGAGGAUUUCACCACAAAUUGUAAUUGUUUUGUUUUUUAAUACUUUUAAAAAAAUUGGAUAAAAUAUAGACCCCCCUCCCCCAGAAUUGUAUCGCCUUCAGAAGAGAUUUUCAAGAUGAAAUGUAUGAUAAAUUAUUUUACUUGAAUCUAUAUUCAGCCGUCUGGCUAUUCUCAGACAGAUGUUGUGACUGAUUGACAGGUGGCAAAGGAAUUACAGGAAACCCUUCACAAAUCAUGCCAAUCGUAUAAGACCAACACCUUCCUUUUUCCUGCCCCUCCCUUUGCAUCUGUUUCUGUGUACCAAAAGAUGAGGAUUUUGCAGUGUGCUGGUGAGAUUGCUGACGAAUGCACACAUUUUGUUUUCUCUCUUGUGAUUCUGUCAUUCUGAAGUGCAUUUGUCUGAGGAGAAACCUGCUCCACGGUAACUGUCGCCCCGGCAACUGUUGGUAACUGUAUUUGCUCUGAUGUUGGCGUGUACAGUACUGUACAGUACCUCAGGCCCAACACGGUUCAGUUUUUGAAGAUCUCUGUACCAUUUUUGGGGAAAAAAAGCUGAACUUCUCCAAGGAUGUAAGUUUUCUCUUCUAGGUAACUCACUAGCUAAAUAAACAUUACCUAUGUUUAGCA